AAAAUCAAAUUGUUAGAGUGAGUUCAUCAUGACGGCAACAAGUUUGGCUUUCGGUCUAGCUGUGAUGACAGUUAUCUGUUCAGUUGGUGGUCAUCCUUCAAAAGCAAAAAGAACUGUCAUUCUACAGCAGCCACUAGAGAUACAGGUGAAAGAGUCUCCUGGUGGAAGAGCAACAAAACUUAUUGUAGAAAGUUCUAAGCCAGUGCCUGAAACAAUUGACUUGCAUUGCACUGAAGUGAACAAAAAAAGUAUUAAAAGGGCGAGGUCUCCAAAGGUACUAGUAGAAGUAAAAGACGGCCAAGAUCCGACUAAUUCGAAAGAACUGCCUGUGAUACCAUUGUCAGAAUUAUCUGAAGACUGGGCUGCAAUAUUUCCAAGUAUGCUCGCAUUGAAUGCCACUAUUUCCUCAAUCGACUGGAGUAAAUACCCAGUUCUGAAUAAUUUCGGCGAUGCACCCGGAUCAAAGCCUAAUCCUGUCGUUCAAAAUUGUCUGAAUAAUCUGAAAAAUCCAUUGGUGGUCAUCAGGAAAAUGAUAAAGUCCAUCCUCAAAGAUAUUGAGGAUGUUAAUGGCGAUGUAGCCAUUUUGAAAGAAAAACUUGAUAUUUACACGGAGGAAUUCAAUCUAUGUGUAGAAAAUGCGGAUUCGAAUGUACCGAAUGAAAAUGAUUCGGACCCCUCCAAAGCCAAGCCGAGCACGAAUGGAUCACCGACCGUUGUCCCAGACUUGUUAACCAAUUCGACCAACCCAGUAUUGAUACAAUUGGUCAACAAUAUACUGUACAAUCUCCUAAGAGGAAUUGGGGCCAAUCUGACAGAUAUACCGUUAAAGGAUGGAAGCAUUGGACAGCCUGUAACGUUAAUAAUAUCCCCGUACCCAGAUGGAAAUUUGACAUUCCCAAAUGAAUCAUGCAACUGCCAUUGUGAAAAGGAUAAGGCAUUCGGUAUGGUAGCAUCGCCGUGUAAUGAGAAAAAUUGUUUGAACCAGCCUUCAUCCUUUGCCAAGUUAUUUCAGGGUGAUAACGAACCAGAAUCGAAUACUUCCGAAGUUGACAAAUUCUAGAAAGAAUAUCGUUGACGAUUUCCAGUAAAAAUCAAUCCCCCAACACGAUAAUUCUAUUUACUUCAAUGAAUAUUUAUUAUAACUAUUGAAUUCUAUAUGCAUAAAAACGUAUUUCUAUGGAAUUGUAAUCAAAGAAUGGGAGAUAAUUAAUUGGUUUAAAAAAUUGGUAUUAAUUUGACACUUUCCCUCGAAAAUUUUACGAUUAAGUAAUUGACUACUAUGACGUACAAAUUUUCACCUCAAUUCAGAAAAAUGUUAAAAAAUAAUUUCAACAGAUGCAAUCCUAUUUUUCACGUUCUGCCAGUCCCAAUUCGUUGGAAUUACUUCGAAUUCUGUCCACCGGCUUUUGCGUAAUUAAAUUCAGGUCAAACCUUGCAAUUUGUUGAAAAUUUGCUGCAUUGGCUUUGUUUUGGCGCACGGAUAUUCUUAUAAG